GCUAUAAGAGAAGGCAGCGAAGAGGAGAGAGGAGGGGAGAGACGGAGGAGCAAGAGCCGGAGGAGGUGGGCGUGAGCAGCCUGGGCUAAGCCAGCCAAGCAAGGAAGCAAAGAAGGAAGGAAGGAAGGAGGUGUGGAGGGCACCCCAGAGGCUGGGAGCCCCUUCCUUCACCCACACACCCGUCCAUUCAUUCUCUGCUCCGUCUCUCUUCCUUUUUUCCUAUCCCAAGGGCCGGACAUCAAAGAGCGAGAGAAGGCGUGAUGCUGAGCACAGAGGAGCCCCCAGCCUGGCACUGACACCCACUGCCCGCCCGCUCUACGCCUUUUCUUCGCAGAGGUGGGAAGCAAAGGAGGGCUCUCCGCUCGCCGGUCCGCCCGUCUGUCUGGCGUCUGCCCAGCCAAGAAGGUGCCACAGGCGCUUCUGUCAAUUUGCCAGCGAGAGACUGAGCGGCUUCCAGAGACUGAGUUAAAAGGGGGGCGUGGACCAGGCGGAAAGCGCUCGCCGGCAAAGCAGAGGGGAUUGCUUCUGCGUCGCGCCGGAUCCCUCCUCCGGCGGCAAACGAUGAGAAAAUAACCCUCGGUUUGGGGUGAGAAGAAGAACGAGGAAGCCACUCGAGGAACAGACGGCGGGAGAAAAGAGCGCCGUAGGCAGAAUGGUCCAGCAAAGGAGCGUGAGGAACCGGAGCACGGACACCAAGCGGGAGGUGUGCCCCAAAGACCCCUUGCUCCUGAAGGAUGCCAAAGGAGAGCCCGGGUGGUGCAAGACUCCCAGCGGGCACAUCAAGCGCCCCAUGAACGCCUUCAUGGUCUGGUCCCAGAACGAGCGGCGGAAGAUCAUGGACCAGUGGCCGGACAUGCACAACGCCGAGAUCUCCAAGCGCCUCGGCCGGCGCUGGCAACUCCUCCAGGACUCGGAGAAGAUCCCGUUCGUCAAGGAGGCAGAGCGCCUGCGACUGAAGCACAUGGCCGACUAUCCCGACUACAAGUACCGGCCCCGGAAGAAAGGGAAGCUGGGGAAUGGCAAGUCCCGCCCGAGGGUCCCUGUCAAGAUCAAGCCCUCUGUCCUGGGCCGGGUGGCCUCCGCCCGAAGGCAGUCACCAAAGCCAGAUGCCGGGGCUGGCGGCCAGGUGGGACGGUCGACGCCCGAGCUGGAAGACGACGAUGACGACCCCCUGGAGGUGCGGCUCCUGGAGACCUCUUUGGACGACAGCCCGAAAUUGCCUGGCAAGGAGUUCUGGCACGUGUUGCCUGCUGUCGGUGAGAAAGCAGGGUGGGCGUCCAACUCCGGAGAGCUAAAAGACCAUGACACUGCCGGGUUGGCCAAGCCCUUCUUGGACGAGGCGAGGUCCUCCGAGAUCUCAUCCCCAGCAUCCACCCGGUCGCCUCCGUCUUCCUUCGCCUCUUCGGACGAAGAGCUGGAAGAAGAGCUCUUGAGUUUCCUGCCCAGCCGAGCCCAGCCUAGCGUGGUGGUGCCCUGUGGGACCCCGGACUGGUCCGUCUUCGACAAAGACCUUGACCUCUUCCCCUUGGGGACCGCCUCUCACUUUGAGUUCCCGGACUAUUGCACCCCGGAGGUGACUGAGAUGAUUGCCGGGGACUGGCUGAUGUCCAGUAUCUCGGACUUGGUCUUUACAUACUGAGCAGCCACCAGGUAACUCUCAUUUUCUCCGCAAUCAGGUUAUAUAUCAAAAGAAAGAAAAAAGAAUCCCAGCUGUUUACAUGCAGGAAUCAGGUAUUCUCCAUUUUCCCCGCUUGCCUUGGCUGCAUUCAAAGGCAAGCUUUCUUUCCAUCAGCCCAUCCCCCUGUUCAGCACACACCCACUUUGCCGGCGUCUGCUGCCGGCUUGGCUUGCCGCGGUGGGGCUUGGGCAUCUCGUCGCCUCUCUCGGCUCCAAACCCCACGGAGAAGGGAGGCAGAGAGGUCCUGGCAGUGUCUAUUUGACCAUGAAAUGUGACUGUCUAAUCAGGUUUUUCAUUGCAAACCUCUCCAGCCAUUUCCCCUGCCACACACCCACACACCCGCCACGGCUCCCCCUCUUCCUCUCGUCCUUGCAGCUGCUUCCCAGCUCCGCCGCCAUCCAUGGCUGAGAGAGACCCCCUCCCUCUCUGCCCCAAGCCCACCGCCUUCCCUGUCUUCUGCCCACGUCCCCUUCUCUCAGCUCCCCCUGCUCCUUCUUCACACCUUCUCUGGCUGGCCGGCCGUCCGUCCAUCCGGUGGCUCUGGUUCCCGGUACCAUUUCCACGCUUCUCUUUGGACAGUCUUCCAUUUAUUAUUUCUAUUCCCCACUCACACACCCUUCUUCCUUUCUCCUCCAUUCGAAAUGGCUCCCAGGGAAAGGCAGAAAGGGGGAAAAGCUCUCCUGUUGCACGGCGUCCCGUUUCGGAGAUGAUGCCAAGGGCCAUUUUGCAGCAGUGCCCGUCUCCAGCACCCGGGGUGGGUAGGGCUUCCGGGUCCUCGUUGCGCGAGACUUUUCGUGUGUCGCCGUGAUGCACGGAAGUCUCAUUCCAGGAGCCAGGAAGGGUUCGCUUUUGGGGAGAGCGAAGGCAAAGUUGCGCACACGUGGUGCGCACGUGGAUCCGAGGAGGCACGGCACGCAGGCGCCUCUCUCUUUUCUUUUCUCGUUCGUGGCAGCUUUGCCUUGCCUCCCCAAAAGGAAUUCCCUUGUUUAUGUUUACCUCUUUCUUUGCCAGAGGUGUGCCAUCGGCAGAAGUCAUGGGCCGCCUUCCUUUUGCAAGAUUGCAUUGGAAGGGAGAGAGGAGAAAUAGCACCACUUGUCAUUUCAUUGGCAUUAUCUACCUGCCACUCCCUCUUGUGCCCUGUCCUAUUUUCCUUGAUUGAAAAAUUGAGGGUUUCCCUGAAGAGGUCCUGGCUCAGGAAGCCCAGCCUCGCCUGGCCCACACCUGGAAAUGAGUGAACAUGACUCCCAUCCCUCUUGGAAGGCUGUGACUUUCACUGAAGGUCAAAUCAGUGAAAGGUUUGCAGCGAAACCUUGAGGAUAGGAGACAUCCCCAUGGCUGGCUCGCAGCUCCCUUUCCAUCCGCUCUUGCCAUCCAGAGAGAAGGCAGAUGCUACGCGGUGCCAGCGGGCACUGUUCCCGUGUGGCGGCAGGCUUGUUGCCGGAUGGGAGAUGGUGGCACCGUCUGCGCACCAGUUUGCGGAGCACCGUUUGCUGGAAAGAGAGGUAAGGGGCUGCAUCUAGACAAGCGAGGGUCCCUUCUUCCCAUCUCCUCUCAUGGGAGAUGCUUCCCUUGAGUCCUGCCUCUUUGGUCCAGAGGCACAGAGUACCAAAAGGCAGGUUCCCCCAAAAGUGGCAUCUCUCAGGAGUUUAGAGGGUGGCCAGAAGGUGGCAUUCACCGACUGUAUUUUUGGCUAGAUUUCUCCUGGAGAGGCUGGGAAGGGCUUGGCACAUAGGAAGAGUUUCAAACCAGAUUCACAUUCUAUGGUUUCCCCAGAAGCCCUGGGAAUUGUAGUUUUCCAGCCUUUGGCACAUCUCAAAGGGCCAUUCCCAGGUUCUUUGCAGGAAACCAAGAAAACAAAAACUGAUGUUGAAAUGUAUAUUACCCUUCAGAGGCAUUUUAGAUCAGAUGUUAUGCUGCGUUUGUUGUCUUUAUUCUAAAUCAACAAAAUGCCAAAGGACCAAAAACAGAACUUUUCCGUCAAAUGUGCAUUCUGGCCACAAAACAUUUGCAAAUGGUUUAAAGAGUGGAAGGUUUAUGAAAACCCAUUUUGGAUCUCAUAUUUUGACACUAGUUGCGCAGA